ACUUGCAUGUUGCAUGGUGUUUCCCUCGUUUUUAAGAAAGAUAACAACACUUAAACGGUUUUAAAAAAUAGGAAGUAAAUAUGUCGAAUGAUGGGCUUGGAAAAGUAAGACAAAAGAGAUCGCAUGGACCAAACAAACCGUACGAAAGAAGAAAGUCUCUUCUUGGGAGAGUGACAGACACAGUUAAGGAUCUAAUAGCCCCGUCUUGGCUCUCGGGACUUGUAGGGAAAAGCUCGUCUGACCAUGCCCAGAGAGAACCCCCUGGAGAUAUUGCGGAGCAGUCUGAGGACGAACAGUUUAUGAGUCCAAUGCAGUCACCUCCAAAUCAAACGCAUGGAAUUUCCAUGAGUGACAACAGGGUGUCCCUGAGUGAUAACAGAGUGUCCAUGAAUCAUCAUGGAAAACCAGGUGGGGUAAAUGCCCAUUUAAACUAUCCAGGUCCAUCAGGUGUGAACACUCCAGUGCUACAGAAUAGUCGGCCAGCCAGAAAGCUGGAGACCACCCAGGCCAGCCUGGGGUUGUCUCGGCCACCCCUACCCUCACAGCCAGGACCAUCUCAUACCGCUCCUCAAACAGACGAUAACAUGUCUGAUCAUAGUGACGGGUCCAAAUCCACCAGUGGCUGCUCCUCCAUGAUACCUCACCCAGACAAGCGGGAGUAUCAGAGGGAGAUUCUACAGCUGAAUGAGAGCAGCCUUCAGAAGCUGAAGGAUCAGCUCAUGGUACCAGGGGCUCUGACAUCCUCAACCCCCUUGCCCAGUGCUGCUCAGGCCCGAGUUAGCCAGGAUACCACUAUUCUACACAGGCCGGAUGACCCAGGGGUCUCUAGUAUUGCAGCAGUAAGCCCUGCGAAUGUCACACUGUCGAAAAACUGGAGCUCAAGUUUCCAGACAUCUCGACUGCGAGACCAAACAGCUAAAUCAAAGCCUUCCUUUAACAUGUCUCUGUUUGGGGCCCCAGGGGCGGGGAACACUUCAUUGUUUGGUGAGAGUUUACAUGAGUCCAUGUUUUACCCAGGCAAGGUGGGUUAUGGUGGAGCCUCACAGUUCAGGAAGGGCAAGAACCGCUCUACAGCUCCAUAUGAGAUUGCAGCUCCAUAUCGGACAAAGAUAAAAGCAAGGCCAGUUAGCAAGCCCUCUAGCGAUGCCAUCACCAGCGCUACAGCUAAACGCAUAUUGGAGACCUUAGAACGCAUGUCAACUCCUCUAACAGACGCAAAGAAAAUACCGGUUGAUCAUACCUUAAGUGACUCAGUGCUCUCCUUCACGCCUACAAGCUACUUGAAGAAGCCUAGAUUGGCUGGUAGUAACUCCAGUUUGAACAGACGCUCACUUGGGUUUCCUUUGCGGGGCCCUCCGGUGAAUCAGCUAACCACACCAACCAUUGCUUCUAUAGCUAGGAAUAGACAGAAAAUGUCUCCCAGUGUGGAUUCAACGCCAAAGCCUCAGACCACGGUCCCAGUUUCAGAACCAACUGCAGUACAGUCUCAGAAAGAUUCUACAGAUAUUCACCAUUUCACAGACAUUCGUAAAGGUGAUGAAGGCACUGAAGUCACUCUCCACACCAAAGUGGAUAGCAGUAGUCAACAUUCCAAUAUAAGGCGGAGCGACACGGUGGUAUUGGGCGAGAGUGGUAGGGUGGGUGGCAAGAUGAAGAGAGACAAAAGCCAUCAUUAUUCCACCAAAAAACAAGAUGAAGAUGAUGAAGUGGUUGAAGUGCCAAAUCUUAAGACAGAGUUCACACUGCCAGUAGUCAACAUGCCUAAAUUUGACUUCGGUGCAGCCCCAGUGACAGCGUCGCCGAAAAAGCCUAUAUCAAUAUCCCAGACGUCCCCGCCUCGCCAGGACGGUGCCUCACAGUCCUCCUCAGUCAGUAGUAUGGAGUUUACCUUCUCCAACCCCAUCCCAAGCACCAAGCCAGACUUCUCACCAGGGGCGGGCACACCCAAACUGAAUUUUCAGUUCAGCUCACCAAUCAAUAUGACAGAAAAAGAGAAGUCCCCUCCAAGCAACAUGUUCUCUUUUACUGCUUCUAAAGAAAAUGCAGAGCCUUUGGUGAAAAAAGCUAUCCAGAAUAAUACCACUGAGCUAAAAACUGGCAGUGUGAUGGAUAUAUUAGGGACCAUGACUAGACCAGAGAAUAACUUCACAGUGGACAAGAACGCGCCCAGCUUCCAAUUUGGCAGCAGUUUUAGUACCACCAAACCCAAGCCUAAGGAUGGUCUUGCUAACAAUUCUGAUGCCCCAGGUGGAGGACUACAGGCUGCUCCACAGCUUAAGACAGGCAGUGUUAUGGAUAUCCUGGGAGUGAAGAGUCCACCCAGCGCAGAGAGCCCAGGGGGCUUCAAACCAGCCACCACCCUUAAACAAGGCAGUGUCAUGGACAUUCUUGGCAAAGGAUCCACUGACAGCAAAGCUGAUGAUGCGUGGGCCAAGUUAUGUGCUCCGUCAGACAAGUGGGAAUGUGACACAUGUAUGAUCAGAAACAAACCAGAAGACAGUAAAUGUGUGGCCUGUGGCUCAGCCAAACCUGGCCAGUCUGACUCCAAAAGCUCUGGCAGCAAGCCUCUGUCAGGGCCCUCUGGUGGCAGUCUGUGGGACCAGUUCAAACCCCCUGAAGGAACAUGGGAAUGCCCUACAUGCAUGAUUCAAAAUAAAAGCACAAGUAUAGCUUGUGUGGCUUGUGCGACGAGCAAACCUGCUUCCCAGGGCACUGCAGCCCCAGCCCCACCUCUGACAAACAGUACAGGGUUUGGUUCAAAGUUUCUACCUCCUGCAGGUUCCUGGGAAUGUGAUACGUGUAUGAUACAGAAUAAAGCUCAAGACACCAGCUGUGUGGCAUGUCAGAGUUCUAAACCUGGAGAGUCAGGGUCAAUAACAGCAGGGACGACAGUGAAUAAGAGUUCAGGGCCCUGGCAAUGUGACACGUGUCUGAUAAACAAUAAAGAGGACUCGACCAAAUGUAUAGCCUGUGAGACCCCGCGGCCUGGAUCCAAGUCAACCAGCGGUGGAGUAACAUUCGCCCCGAAUGCAUUUUCCAGUGGGUCUGGGUUUAAGUUUGACUCAGAAUCUGUUACCAAAGACAGUGGUUCUGCUGGUGGUUUUAAAUUUGGUAAUUUUGAAUCGAAAGGUGGAGAAUCCAAAGGUGGAUUUGUGUUUGGAACUACAUCUACAGCUGCUUCAGCAACAGCAACAGGCUCUUCCACAACUUCAGGGUUUGUAUUUGGAAACCAGAACUCAACAGACACAAAGCCAUCCGGAGGAGGGUUUUCCUUUGGUUCAUCCUCAAAAGACUGCGAAAAGACACCUCUUGGGGGUGGGUUUAAAUUUGAUUCUGUGGCUAAAGAUUCAGAAAAAACAGACUCGUCCACCGGACCAUCUGGGUUUGUGUUUGGAAAGACUUCAGAAAAGUCUGACAAUUCGAAACCCACAGGAUUUAUGUUUGGUACUUCUAGUAGUAAAGACAGUACAUCGGGGACGGGAUUUGGAGGUGUGACUGCUGAAGUCCCACUGAAGACUGAUUCUACCAGCCUAUCCUCGGGGGUGGGUCACAGUGCUCAGUGUAUAGCCACUGCCCCAACUCCUAAGGCUGAAAGCACUGCUCCCAACUUUAUGUUUGGCCAGUCUACCACAGAUCAAGGCAGUGUUAAAUCAUUGAAUAAUAACACAGAGGUGAAGCCAAGUCAACCAGUUAGCAAACCAGCUAUUGGUGGAUUUAGCUUUGGGGCAACACCAACGCAAAACGUAUCAGAAGUUAAGCCAGCCUAUGGGGGGUUUUCCUUCAAGAAGAAUGAAAGUGGAACUGGUGGUCAGGCGGCCAGUACCACCACCAGCAGUGACUUCACAGGGUUUAACGCAGUGAAAACAGAGAAUACUUCCAGUGAUCAGGGAAGCCAGGCUGUGAAGAGGACAAGUGAUGAUGCUGACUCUGAGCCCAGUGCAAAGAAAGCUUUCAGUUUUUCAGCUGGUACCUCCAGCACGAGCACAGCGCCAGUAUUCGACUUUUCAGCAGGCUUAAAUGCUUCUAACAACGGUACAGGAAGUAGUGACUUGUUCAAGUUUGGUCAACAGCCCAACACCUCUACAACCCCAUCAACAGCCCCUCUGGGAACAGGAGGGUUCAACAGUAUUACAUCGGGCAACACAGCCCCUGCAUUCGGCAGUGCUUCCUCAGCAUUUGGGGGCUCAAGUGGCUUUGGGGUGACCCAAUCUACGACAACAACCUCUGGGUUUGGCAGUACCACAACACCCGCCUUUGGUCAGUCCACUGGGGCAUUUGGAUCAGGUGCCUCCACCACGCCGUUUGGCUCAACGUCAACAGACAGCUCAGCAUUUGGAGCAGGAAAGGGACAGUCCACUACAGGGCAAGAUACCUUGUUCUCUGCCAAGGCCAGUACCUUUGGUGGAACCAGUACUCCAGCCAGUGUAUUUGGUUCUGCUAACAGUUUUGGUAAUUCCACAGCCAGUUCCUUUGGUACGGACUCCACAACAGCCUUCGGUGGAUUCAACAAUACUCCAGCCUUUGGGGGCAGUAAUACAUUUGGGAGUGGGUUUGGCAGCUCCACUCCUGCCACUACAGCAAGUACUGCAGCACCUAGCACAGGUGGUUUUAACUUUAGCACGCCCGGCAGCUUCAACUUCGGGAGCACAGCACCUGCGACCAGUUCAGCUGUUUUUCAGUUUGGAGCUAAAGCGGAUACUGGGCCAUCUGCAGCCACAGCCCCACAGCCCCCUCAGUCCCAAGCCCCACCCUUUGGCUUACCCCAGCCUGCACAACAGCCUGCUCAAGCCUUCAAUUUCUCUGCAACGCCCAACACAAACUUUGGAUCAUCUACUCCAUUUUCAUUCAAUGCACCAGCCACUGACAAGAACCCAUUCAGUAUCCAGGCAAGUAUAGGAGGGAGAAGAAUUAAAAAAGCAGUCCGUAAAGCCCGAAAAUAAACUUGUAAAGGACCAUUUUUAUGGUGAAGUCCUGUAUAUUCCAAUAUGAUAGCUGUUCAGAUACAGCAUUGUCAGCUGCGGGAUGUUUCUUCAGCCGCUAAUGUAUACGAGGGAUUCAUGUAUACAGGCUGACGGAAGCAGCUUUUCAGUAAUGCUCCGAAUGAAGACACUUCCUGGAGAUGAGAAAAUGUGUGAAGAAUUCAGGUUAGGCGGAUGUUUGUGUACGAACCUCAUCUGUCUCGCCUGCAGUCUCUCACACCUGGAGCGACAUUGUGCGCACCAGCUAUUGAGAGGGACGAAGGUGGAGAAGAAGCUGUUAUAAGAAGUAAAUUUUAAACGAAAUUUUUAAAUUGUGAAAUUUACGACAUGAUCUGUCCUAAACCAGAGAUGGACAGUUAGAAUUGGAUUUGCAAGAAAGUGAAUAGAAUGCGAGAGAGAAAAAUUGAACCAAACUUAAAUUAAUUUUGUUUGCAUUUAGGUUGUAUCUAGUCAUGACUAUAAUGACUCUGUCACAUUGACUUGUUUGAGGUUGAAUGAGGCGAGGUGAACACCAUCCGCUCUGUUGUUGAGCGCUGUCUCUCAGACAAGUGGAGAUAACUUGGGCCAGGAUUCAGGGAAGCUGGACAGAGCUUGCAAAGUUACAGCUACUGCUGUAUGAUUGUCGCCUAUAUACCAAUUCCUGACAAGCAGUAAAUACUUAGCAUCAAGAUUUUCAAGGGAUUAUAUUUUUCCUUCUGUUAGGAAAAAGGUAAACAUGUGCCCAUACAGCAAGCAAAGCUUUUUUAAAAGCAUUUAGUUACAAAAUGAGCCAACCCAUCAGUUAGUGGCAACUGUUAGAAAACAUAGUUGCAGUCAUCUUGCAACAUAAACAGUGAAAUAGUUGUCUUUAAACAGUGAAUGUAGUCUUUAAAUUAAUUAUGGGCACAAUCGUGUAAAAUAUGGAACUUUUAAUGGCAUAGGAGUUUAAAUGCAAGGAGAAUGUAGUGUUAGUUAUGAGGUUACAUAAUUUUUAAGCAAGAGAGAAGGUGCAAAUGUGAAGUAGGACCUCGAGUCAAGGAAUGUGACUCGAAAGGUAGCGAAAGGCCUACAAUGUUACAUGAUGCAUGUAUCGGUUUCUACUGUCACUUUACACGGUCUUAAAUGUGACAUCAUAAUGAUGAGCUGGGAAGAAAACAUUUGACAUAUAUAACCGGUCAUUUGCCAGGAACCUGUUGAGCAGGAAUCUGUUACUGACAGGUACAAAUUGCUCAUUAUUCACAGUCACAAAAGAACCAAAUGUUUUGAAAUCUGAAAACAGCACAGCUUGAGGCAUAGAGUUACUUUUCAGAAGGGCAGUUUAAUUUAAAAAAAGUUAACAUAUUAAGGACACUGAUGGCAUAGUUUUAGUGAAAUAGGAAAUGGUGUAUUUUUUUCUCCAAAUUCUUCAGUUAUUGCAUUGAUUACGCUUUGAGACUAAAACAGAAGGAAGGUUCUUUAGCAUAAAUGUUAGUGUGAGAAAAGUCAGAAGGGCAUAGGAGGAUCCAGAACUGAGGAAAAUGGGGUCUUCUGUAAAAGAACACGUGUUUUAUUAGAUCACCUGAAAGGAUUUAUGUUUGUUACGGUAUGUGGUAUGAUCUGAGAGGGCAGUUUUGGGUAUUGGACUUUCUCUAGUUCGCAGUGUUAUUAUUCCUCACUUGUACAUUACUGUAUAUGGGUUGGUUUGAUGUAAGUAUCAUUAAACUUGAGGAGCCUUUGCUAUUUCUUUUUAAUUUUUUUUUUUUUUCCUCUACUCUGGGUUACAAUUGGUGAAUUUUGACCUUGAGGGAGACAUUGUAUAUAUUUACCCACCUGUGGGAGAACUGUACAUUAAUCCAUGUAAACAAAGCCUUAUGCUAAAUGUAAAAAUAAUCGUUGACCUGUUUUUGUUUAUUGUUUUUUGGGUUUUUUUCCUUCAUGGGGUGGUCCAUCCAGCUGGAAAUGGGUUAUUGAAGUGAUGACAAGAUUUUUAUUGUUGACUUCCUGGGAAUGGGGGAAAUGGGCUGGGCUGUGUACUACUACCAGGGAAGGGUAAUGGGGUCAGGUGGGGUGGGCAUCACUUUUUAGUACAGCUGGAUGGAUCCCCAUGAUCAUUAUUCCAUUGGAUCGGAAAGGAGUAUGACCUAUACCGGAAGGUCUGUCCCAGGACCUCUUUUUUUUUU